AUGAACACAAAAGAACCCUACUUUGACAAUGUCCUGACCACCAAAACUCUGCUUUUGUUGAAUGCAAAUCUCUUGAAGAUUCCUCCUUCUACUGAUUAUCCAGUCUCGACUGCUGAACCCGUCAAUACUCCCAUAUUACGCACUUCCCUGAGAAGAGGGUCGAUGGAACCUUAUUACAGUAGCUCUCGCCGCGGCACCAUGUCAGGCUCAGCUGGAUCUUCGAAACUGUCGUCAUAUGCGUUAUUGUCGGAUGUCUUCGAUUAUCACUAUGUCGACCAGUAUUCACAGGAGGACCUCGAGAAUGCUAUCGCCUCCGAUAGUGAUACUGAUUACGAAGACCUUGAUGUGGAAUACCGUGGAAUGUCCGAUUCAGAUGCCGACUCAGAAUUGGAGGAUUACAAGGUACAUUUUCUCAAGUUCAAGGUGACGUCGCGGGCCCAGUUCACUCGUCCUCCUCACCGGACUAUGUCAAAUGUGUCUGAUCAUUUUGAUGAUGGUCCAAUCCACAAAGACUUCAGUAUGUUGUCAAUUGAUCACCACACACAGUUUAUGGCGCCACCUCUCAACCACAAAAUCAUGAAUGUGGGAGCUUUGGAUGACCUGGUGUCUCUGAUUAUCGCCAACUACAAGCUUAAGUGCAACUACCCGUUGAAUGGUAGUAUUCACGAGCAGAGAGUCAGCCAGAAAAUCAAAGUGCCAAAGGCAGCGGACAGCAAAGUAAACGACGAAUACAUAGGCGCUGUUUCCAAGGUGGGAACCUCUAGCGAUGCCUACGAUACCCAGAAGUUGGAUUAUUUCUUGUAA